AUGAUUAUAAUAAUAUUUAUUUUACUUUUACUUUUAUAUCAUAUUUGGAAUAAGAACAAAAAUUUUAUAAUAAAUUUUUAUUAUAUUAAUUCAUUUAUAUGUUUCAAUAAAUCAAAAAGACAUAGUGAUAUAAGAAAAGAAAUGGGAGAAUAUAAAGGAUGUUAUAGUGAUAAUUAUCUUUAA